UGAUAGGAUCAGAGAUGCAUCCAGGGCUGGCAGAGCUAUUGCUGAGGAAAACUCUUCACAGGAAGCUUAUCAUGUUACCAUGUUCAGAGGAAGUAUAGCUUAUGACUGUAACAUCAACAGAUCAAAUUCAAGGCGAGUUCUUUUUUCUAAUACCACAAGUUGAAAAGGAGAAUAGAAAAUGGCUGGGUGCAACACAGACUGCGUUGAGAAACCAAUAGCUAGAGGAUUUGAAAUACUUGGGCGUUUUGUUGGUAGACACCACUGGUGGUUUUUUAUUCUUCCCAUGUUCAUUUCUGCGGGUCUUGGCGGAGGAUUUUACUUCCUUGCGGACAGAGAAGCAAACGGCAUUGAAGAGAUGUUUACACCUCUGGAUGGACCAGCGAAAGACGAACGACAAGUAGUUAAAGAAUACUUUCCACAGAAUGAUAGCGACUUCUCUCGUUUGCGGCUCUAUACUGAAGGGACCUUUGCAUCUCUCAUAAUUGUUACGCCUACAGCAAAUAUCCUCACAAAUCCUGCUUUCACAAAAAUUGUUGCUAUGGACAGGGAAGUGAAAGCCAUUGAAGUAGGAACAUUUAAUUUCUCAAGCCUUUGUGUUAAGAAAGGUGACGUGUGCGUGUCAAAUUCAAUCUUUGAUAUUGUAAAAACUCCCAAUGUUACCACGACAACUAUUGAUUACCCAUAUCAUGACAACAUUUUCAUCGCAUCUGAAAUUGGUGGUGUGAAACUGAAAACUGGAUCAACUGAAAUUGAAAGCGCAAAGGCAAUUCGACUUUUUUACUUCUUAAAAGAAGACAACCAGACUGUAAAUACGAUGUGGCUGCAGAAGUUUAUAGAGACUGCGUCGAUGAUGCAAAAAGAAGAAGGCAUGACCGUAUCUUAUUUUACAUCAAUAUCAAGGGAUGAAGAGUUUGAGAAGAGCUCUGACUCAAUCAUUCCUCUCUUCUCAUUGACCUAUGCCCUGGCCAUCACUUUUUCAAUCACAUCUUGUAUAAGGUUGGACUGUGUUAGGAACAAGGUGUGGGUGGCGACCUUUGGUGUCCUCUCAGCUGGUAUGGCAGUGUUGUCCAGUUUUGGGUUGUUGCUGUACUGUGGGAUGCCCUUCGCUAUGACUGUGGCAACAGCUCCAUUCCUGAUUCUGGGAAUUGGUGUUGACGACAUGUUCAUCAUGAUUUCUUGCUGGCAGCAGACUCAAGUUCAUGGCGACGUAGAGGAUCGUAUGGCAGCUACAUACAAAGAGGCAGCUGUUUCUAUCACCAUCACAACACUAACUGAUGCCUUGGCUUUCUAUAUUGGUCUGUUAACUCCCUUUGGUUCUGUACAGUCCUUUUGUAUGUAUACUGGCACAGCUGUCCUGUUCUGCUACCUGUACAACAUCACCUUCUUUGGUGCAUUUCUAGCACUGAAUGGAAGACGUGAAAAGAGCAACAGACAUUGGCUGACCUGCGUGAAGGUUCCAGAACCAGAGGAGAAUUCUGAAAAGUACAAUAUCUGUUCUGUAGGGGGAGCUUAUGAUCAUGAAACGGGAAAAGAGGAACCAAUGCCAAUUAACAACUUCUUUAAGACGUACUAUGGUCCAUUUCUAACAAAUAAUUGGACCAAGGGGUUUGUGAUCCUGCUCUAUGCUGUAUAUUUGGGCUUAAGCAUCUAUGGUUGCUCCCAAAUCAAAGAGGGCAUAGACCUUAAAAACCUAGCAGCUGAUAGCUCAUACGUGGGUAGCUAUUAUGACAAUGAGGAUGAAUUCUUUUCAGAGUAUGGCCCAAAUGUUAUGGUUGUUGUGACCGAUAGUACGUUUAAAUAUUGGGAUGAAAGUGCUCGGAAUAGUCUCGACUCCUGCCUUCAAAAGUUUGAAGAUCUAUCAAUGGUUUCUCAAAACAGGACCAUAUCUUGGCUCAAUGGGUAUCUUAUAUUUGGAAAGAUGACCAAUUUGAAUCUAAGUGUGGAAAAUACAUUCAAAAGUAAUUUGUCUGCAUUUCUUGAGAGGUCUGAUUUCAUUCAAGAUGUGGAUUUUACAGACAACACAAUAUAUGCUUCACGUAUGUUCAUUCAGACAGUCAAUGUCAGUACAGCUGUUGAUGAAAAGAACAUGUUGAAUGAGCUUCGAGAGACAGCUAAGGAUUGUCCAGUAAAGUUGGUUGUUUACCACCCUGCUUUCAUAUACUUUGACCAGUAUGCAGUCAUUGUUAGUAAUACCAUCCAAAACAUUGUAGUUGCCACUCUUGCCAUGCUGGUGAUCUCCCUCAUGUUGAUUCCCAACCCGAUAUGUUCUCUGUGGGUGACCUUUGCCAUUGCCUCUGUCAUAGUGGGUGUUGCUGGUUUCAUGACAUUUUGGGAUGUCAAUCUAGACUCUGUAUCUAUGAUCAACCUUGUCAUCUGCAUUGGUUUCUCAGUGGACUUUUCUGCUCACAUUUCCUAUGCCUUUGUCUCUAGCAAUAAGAGAACUGCUAAUGAGAAGGCUAUAGAUGCUGUCUAUCACUUGGGGUAUCCUAUCAUACAGGGAGCUGUGUCUACUAUCUUAGGAGUGGUGGUGCUGUCUGCAGCUGAGAGCUACAUCUUCAGAACCUUCUUUAAGAUCAUGUUCUUGGUCAUUUCGUUUGGGGCCGUCCACGGUAUAGUCUUUAUCCCCGUUUUUUUGUCUUUCUUUGGAAUCUGCGGCGCUAAAGUUGGUGAUGAAGAAGAUGCAGGUGAUAACCCUCAAGAUAAUACCUAUCAAUUUAAACGGAAAGGGAAUGAUAUUAUUGCUUGUGAAAACAAUUUCUGACUGUCCUUAAAACUGCUGGGCUGGGUGGUCAUUCAUUCUUGAAGCUGCUAAGCACGACCCCCAGCUGCAGCAUUUGCACCUGUUUCUACUGAUAACUAUCAGACAUAGAAGCUGCUAGAAAAAAAAGUCAAAUAAAGUUAAUGAUAAAGGACAUUAUCAUAAAGUGUACAUUGUAGCUUUGAUUGUGGUGUUUUAUCCCCUAUUGGAAGAAAAUAUAACACAUUGUGUAUAAAUGCUUACUAAAUCUGACUUGCAUUUGACAAAUGUAAUUAUUUUUUUAGUUAUAGUUGUAAUAUGUAGGAAUCUAUAGAAUUAGAAUGUCUAAGUUAUUCUGAAAAGCACACAAACACAGCAGGUUAUAGGUUAUAGAUUACAGGUUAUAGAUUACAGGUUAUAGAUUACAGGUUAUUUGGUUAUAGGUUAUAGAUUACAGGUUAUAGAUUACAGGUUAUAGAUUACAGGUUAUAGAUUACAGGUUUUGGUUAUAUGUUAUAGAUUACAGGUUUUGGUUAUAGGUUAUAGAAUACAGGUUAUAGAUUACAGGUUAUAGAUUACAGGUUUUGGUUAUAUGUUAUAGAUUACAGGUUUUGGUUAUAGGUUAUAGAAUACAGGUUUUGGUUAUAGGUUAUAGAUUACAGGUUAUAGAUUACAGGUUAUAGAUUACAGGUUAUAGAUUACAGGUUAUAGAUUACAGGUUUUGGUUAUAUGUUAUAGAAUACAGGUUUUGGUUAUAGGUUAUAGAUUACAGGUUUUGAUUAUAGGUUAUAGAUUACAGGUUAUAGAUUACAGGUUAUAGAUUACAGGUUUUGGUUAUAUGUUAUAGAUUACAGGUUUUGGUUAUAGGUUAUAGAUUACAGGUUUUGAUUAUAGGUUAUAGAUUACAGGUUAUAGAUUACAGGUUAUAGAUUACAGGUUUUGAUUAUAGGCAACACAUUCUUUGUUUUUGUUACUGAGUUUGUCAUGCAUUGCAAAGGUAAAAAAAUAUAUGUGAGAUUUCAUAUUUAAUUUGUAUUUAGUCAUAUUGAGUUUCAGUCUAUCGAACUGUGUAAUAGAGUUUUUCUGUAGUGUCUAUUUUGUUUAACAAUGUUUAUUCAUUUGGUUUGUGUUUUUCAACAAGGCAUUCGAGUGCCAUGUUUAUUAUUUAACUACAUCUAUUAAUUACAUGCAAGUAGACUAUGUUGAUGAUAUUAACGGUAGAUUAAUCCGUAUCGCGGAAGUUCAACGUUACAGUGUGAUUCAAAUUUAAACACUACAAAAGUAAUUUUGACUCAAACAUUCUAACAGUCUAAUAAAUAUAUUUCAUAUAUGCUAUUGGAAAAAUAA